AACAACAAAAACAUUUCCCGACGUUGACUAAGCGAAUAGGCAAUAGAAUAGGGAAGGAAGAAACUUGAUAAAUUAUUUUUAUUUAUAUUUUAUUCGUCACACGAAUUAUCAUUGUCUGUAUUGUUCUGUGGAAAAAAUAUUUUUUUACCAAAUUAAAGUGGAUACUUACUUUGUUUUUUCCUGCUAUUCAAAUCUGUUAUUUUACGAUGGCACUUACAAAUGUGUUGUUAUUGAGCCAGAUAGCGGGCUACGUUAUCUGCUUGAUACUUUCGCUUUGUAUCGCAGUUCCUAUGAGCAUGCACCAAGAUGAAUUCAGUGGUCACUGCCUACUGUUCUCUGGAGGUAGUUGGAGAAUAGAGGACGGCCAGCUGGAUGUGUUGUGGGCUUCAGAGGCCUACUGCAACUAUGUCAUAGUGGUCGGAGUGAUAAUGUUUAUUGUCAGCUGUGUACAAAUUUACAGGCUGUCAGUAUUCAUGUAUAAAGGCAUAGACAGUUCUUUCCUGUCAGCGUUCUUGGAGGCAGUGGGCUGUAUGCUGAUUUGUGGGUUUGCUGUGUCCGCAGCCAUCAUGGUCACCCUUGGCUUUAUGAGCUGGUGCAACACAAUAAUGAAACGCUUCCCCAGCAGUUGUGAAGACGGCGCUGGGCAAGACAUAGAUAAGAAAGACAACAUAGUAACCAAAGGUUUCUAUGUUCAAAUCGGCACUACUCAAUUCGGCGCAUGGGCCGCAUUCGCCACGUGGGUGGGGCUGGCAGUGUUCUCGCUGCUGAAGGUGUGUCGCUACCACCAGCUGCAGAACAUACAGGUGUCCAUGUACCGCGAGCGACAGCGCCUCGUCAACGAGGGCCAGUCGCCGCCAGCCAGCGCCGCUCCGCUGGAGGAGUAGCUGUCAAUACCUCGACAAUAAAGGAUCUGUUUGGCGGCCGACGUGGGAUCGGGAGUGAUAUUGUUAAUUCCUUGUACAAACUUUAAUUUUAGUCUUUUUUUUGUACUUGUUUGAUCUCCGCCAAAAUAUGGCCCUUAUUAAAAACACGUUAGUGAGACUGAGAUCAAGAAUGCAUUAAAUGUUAAGAUUUUCUUGUUCCGUGCCGUUUUUUUCGUAUUUGUAGAAGUAGUUGAAAGUAUCAGUAUUUUUUUCGUGUCAAAUUGUUAUUGUCCACUUGCAAAAGAAUAUUUGUAUACGAUUGGUUUAUUUUCACGAGUACAUUUUGUUUUUUUUUUUUUUCACGUGAUUACGAGUUUACCGUAAUUCCAGUUGUCAUAAGAUAUUUAUUUCAGAGUAGCGGACAGUCAAUAUUUUUUUACUUUUUUAAAAUAAAAUAAUUAUUGAAAAGGGCCAUAAUAUAAAAAUAUAUAUGUAAUGGUUGUAAAUAUAUUGAAAUUAUUUAAUAUAAUAAUGUUUAAUCGUUAGAGCUUUUAUUUUAUAACAAAAAUAAGUUACUAAUAAGAUUAAUUCCGUUAAUUACGUACAUGAUGUAAACUGAUAAGAAAUAAUAAAGGCGAAA